AUGACCAGAGGAUUAUAUAAUAAAAUCACGGAAUUGGAUAACGUGAGUAAGAGCAGAGUUAAGGAAAGUUCUUAUCUAUAAAGCGACCAAUGUCUCUCGGUUCUACCUGGCCACGAAAGAAGGGGGAUUCGGCUAUGCAAGCCUGCAGCAGGUAUUUGUUGAAGCUGUUGUGAGCAGAGCGAUCUACUGCCUGAGAGCUCCCAGUCUGUGUGACAUACGGGAGUUCAUAUUGAGUAAGUUCGACCCUGUCAAGGUUGCUCGCAUUGCGUUGGCAAGGAGUAAAAUUGACAUGGACAUCGAACGGAUGGACAUGGCCUCGGCCACGCGUACCAUCAGACAACAUUAUCAGGCAAAGUGGAAAACUCUGUUCCAACAAUCGAAACUUUACCAAAAGUGGGUGCAGCAUAAGAUCGAUAUACCCAACUCGAGUAGGUGGUUGCAGAGGGGGGAAAUCUCGCCGCGAAACUGUCGAAUCGCGGUAGCUGUUCAAGAUAACACUUUACUGUGCAGAGGAUUUGUGGGGAGUAAGGACCCAAACAAACAAUGUCGGCUAUGCAAUGCUGGGCAUUGAGACCGCUAGUCACAUCGUGACUGAAUGUAGUUAUACACCGGGUUCACAUGUAUAUCGAACGUCACGACUCUGUGGCGCGGAAUAUCUAUGCUGUCCUGGCAAAAGACUGCGGUCUCUGGAUUCCGCAUUACUCACAGCCCGUAAGUCCCAACAGUAAAGAUGCCGAAGUCGUGUGAGCUUUACUGGAAUUACAAGUUUCCAUGUACGCGUGCAUUGGAGGCUUGUCGUCCAGAUAUCGUUCUCAUCGAUCAGCGCGAAAAGAACUAUCCUCGUGGUGGAAGUGGCGGUCUCGUAUGUCACACGGCUAAAGCAGAUGAUGUCACGAGGAAACUGUAUAAAUACGGAGUGAACGGCGAGUACCAGAGCUGA